AUGGUUGUUGGUACAUGCACUAACAAAAAAAAACUUUAUAAAGUUGAAAAUCUUGUUGGUUGUGAGGAAAAGUGGGUGGUGUUGUUGUUAUCAAAAUGGCUCACGAAAAAAUCGAUUUUUAAUAAUUUUUUAAAAUUUUUUUAUAUUGUGUAUGGUGUCAUACCCCUUUAUAUUAAUAGGUUAUCAAAUUUAAUUAAAAAGAAUAUUAAGUUAUCAAAUUAUUUUCUUUUUUAUUUUUUAUUUUUUAUUUUUUAUUAUUUUUUUUUUUUUUCAUUUUAA